UUCAUUAGUCGUAAAUCUACACUCUCAUGGAAACUUCUGUUGCGUAGAAGUGUGUCUCAUUGGUGGGUCGAGAGCUAGAAGAAAGUGAAGCUCGGAGAGAAUACCGAACAACCAGUUACACAUUUCAGAUUUGAAGUGUAUUUCCCUUUCAUUUUAUCCACCGUGUUUCUUUCCUCACCAACUCAACUAGAAGGAAAGAAAGGAUUUUAUUUAUUUAUUAUUAUUUUUUCUUGCACUGAAAGAAGGAGGCUUGGAAAUGGCGUCAAGGGAACGAAAACCCAGAAAGGUCCUUCAUUUCAAGCUUUCUUGUUCAUUCCCCCAGGACGACGGGUACCACGCGCAUGGAUGCUGCCCUGGACGCAAUGCGUCUAAUUGGGUUUGGGAUAAGACUGACUCGAGAAACGGUUAACGAGCUUCUCGAUGUGUAUGGUGGAACUCAAGGAUGGCCCUUUAUUGAAGAGACCUCUUACAAGCUCUUAAUCGAGACCUUACUUAGCAAACAAGAAGUUGCUGUAGAAAAAGUUAAGGAUGGUAAAGGAGGGGGUGGUGUUAAUAAUGUGACACCAUCUGCUCGGAUUUCUGAGGUUGGUCCUUCUAGACUGGUGUCUGAAAACACUGUAUUGCAUACUGGUAGGGAUGGUUUGGACUUAACUACUCAAAUCACUGAUCAAGGAGAUGCAUUACGUAACAAUCUAGAAAUUGAUGUUGGGGAUGUGGCCUUGCAAGCUGCUGGAGGAGGACCUGAACAAGGCACGAACAAGUCAAAGAAUGAGCAAAAGCCUGUAGAUAAUGUCAAAGAAAUCAAUGGUAGCACCAUUGUCAACAAAGUUAAGAGCCCUUCUGACAAGGCUCCUAUGAUUCAAUCUUCAAAAGCAUUUAAUCCUCUUCCGAGUCACAGGCGUGAAGGUUACUAUGGAUGGAUUGGUAAUGGUAGUGAUGAGGAUAAGGAAUAUGUCCACUUUCCAAUUCCACAAUUAUCUGAACAAAUUGAAAAGAUGAUUGGACAGUAUGAAGCUCCUCGAAGUGGCAGUAGGAGAAGGCAAAAGAGUAGAUGGGAUGAAAAACCAGAAUGCAAGUAAAUGAAUCUCUUGGCCAUUGUUUUGCCAUUGUAAGGAAGCUAGGGUCAUACGUAUAGACUUUGAAGAUGUCUCAAUUGAUUUAUUUUUGUUACAUCA